AUGGCUGCAUCUGCACCUCGCAUACAGUUUCUCCGCUACUCCCCGCGCGCGGCUUUCUCUGCUGCUGCCGGCUUGCCCAAAAGCGAGAUUGAGGCACGGAUUUUAGACCUGUUAAAGAGUUUUGAAAAAGUUGACCCUGCAAAGCUCACACUGACGUCGACAUUUACGAGUGACCUUGGAUUGGACAGUUUGGACGCGGUAGAAGUUGUUAUGGCCGUAGAGGAGGAAUUUUCAAUCGAAAUCCCGGAUGCUGAGGCCGAUGAGAUCAAGACGGUGCAACAGGCCGUUGAAUACAUCGCCAAGACGCCAGAAGGUAAGCUUAUUUACCAAUUUACGCAAUGCAUAUCGUUGAUUUUUUACUCAGCGCGCUAG